GCCACAUUUGAGAAAUUGGAGAAUGAAUUGAGGGAAGUCAAUGGGAAUGCUGAAACCCUAAAGAAGAACUCGCUUGAACUGACAGAAUUGAAACAUGUUUUACAGAUCACCCAGAUUUUCUUUGAUGAGCAAGAGACGCCUUCUUCCCUCCAUCUUGAACAGAGAGAUUCUGAACCCAACACCAGCAUCACACAGAACCUUCUACCAGCUGAGGAAGGAAAAGGACCUGUUCAACUUGGGUUUGUUGCUGGUGUGACAAGACGAGAGAGAAUGCCCAUGUUUGAACGCAUGCUGUGGCGAGUUUGCCGUGGCAACGUCUUCGUUCGCCAGUCUGAAAUCCAUGAACCUCUAGAAGAUCCUGUGACAGGGGAAGCAGUACACAAGGUUGUGUUCCUAAUCUUUUUCCAAGGAGAACAGCUGAAGAAUAAAGUGAAGAAGAUUUGUGAUGGUUGUCGUGCCACAACGUACCCGUGCCCCGAGUCAAAACAAGAUCGUCAGGAAAUGGGCCAAGGUGUCAAGGGAAGAUUGGAUGAUCUCUCAGUAGUACUGAACCAAACAACCGACCACAGGCACCGCGUGUUGGCUGCUGCUGCCAAACACCUGCGUACAUGGUUCAUCAAGGUGCGAAAGAUUAAGGCUAUUUACCACACCCUCAACAUGCUGAACUUGGAUGUGACCAACAAGUGUCUGAUUGCAGAGUGUUGGGUACCAUGUUCAGACCUUGGUGUUAUCCAAGAUGGUCUUCGCAAGGGAACGGAGAAAUCGGGCAGUUCUGUGCAGCCUAUUCUGAAUUGCAUGCAAACUACCAUGAUGCCACCAACCUUCCAUAGGACAAACAAAUUCACAUCUGGCUUUCAAGCUUUGGUUGAUUCCUAUGGAGUGGCAUCCUACCGAGAAAUCAACCCAGCACUGUACACGACGACGACCUUCCCGUUCUUGUUUGCUGUGAUGUUUGGUGAUGCUGGUCAUGGAAUGAUUAUGCUGCUGUUUGCUGCAUGGAUGGUUAUAAGAGAGAAGGCUCUCAUUGCUGCUAAGAUGAAGGGUGAGAUCUGGAACAUUUUCUUUGGUGGCCGCUAUAUUCUCCUCCUCAUGGGCCUGUUUUCAAUCUACACUGGUUUCAUUUACAACGACGUCUUCUCCAAAUCGACCAAUAUAUUUGGAUCUGCUUUUCACAUGGGUAACAAUGUUACAUUAGCAAACCUAACAGUGCUUGAAGAGUACACAUUGGAUCCUGGUCUUGAUGAUGAAUAUGAUCAAAAGCCUUAUCCUUUUGGAUAUGACCCAAUGUGGCAGAUUGCAGUGAACAAGAUUGCUUUCCAGAACAGUUAUAAGAUGAAGAUUUCCAUCAUCAUCGGGGUUGUUCACAUGAUCUUUGGUGUUCUUCUUUCUGUUGUAAAUCAUGUGUUUUUCAAGAACUGGUUGAGUUUGGUGUUUGAAUUCAUCCCUCAAAUCAUCUUCUUGAUUGGUCUCUUUGGAUAUCUUUGCAUUAUGGUUUUCCACAAGUGGAUUCAUUAUGGAUGUGGAGAAGCGUUUGAUGUAGAACAUGGAUCAAGCUGUGCCCCUUCUGUUCUCAUUACAUUCAUCAACAUGGUUCUUCUAAAAACAGAUGAGCCUCCUGAAAACUGUAGUUUAUGGAUGUAUAAGGGUCAGUACACAGUGCAGGUGGUGCUGCUGUUACUGUGCGUCAUCUGUGUUCCUCUCAUGCUCAUCCCUAAGCCGCUCAUUCUCAAUAGCCGCCACAAGGCCAACAUGAGAGCUCGCAAUUUCCAGUCAGUUGUGGAGUCAGAGAUGGGUGAACCAUCGGGUCCACAUCACAAAGAAGAAGAAGAAUUUGAGUUCAGCGAAGUGUUCAUCGAGCAAGCCAUUCAUACCAUUGAGUAUGUUCUGGGUUCAGUAUCCCACACAGCCUCCUAUCUCAGACUGUGGGCCUUGUCUCUGGCUCAUGGGCAGCUUUCUGAAGUGUUGUGGAGCAUGGUUAUGAGAAUUGGACUUGCUCAGUCAUCAAUUGUAGGAAGCAUCAUACUGUAUCUGAUAUUUGCUGCCUGGGCAGUCCUGACCAUCAGUAUCCUAGUGCUUAUGGAGGGUUUGUCAGCCUUCCUUCACACACUCCGCCUUCACUGGGUGGAGUUCCAGUCAAAGUUCUACAAAGGAGAAGGUUAUGCCUUUCAGCCUCUCACUUUCAAGCAUAUUAUCAAUGGAGAGGAAGAGGAAGCCUAAAUGUACACUAAAGUUAAUGAUAUAAAAUUUUAUAUAUAGCAAGAAUGGAAAAAGUUUUUAAUUACAGGAAAAAUAAGAUGAUGUAAUGUUUGUUGAGGUGGUAUACACUAGGCUGUAUUACAUACUAGAAUGAGAUUACAAAUUUUAAUAGCUUUAGUAUUUCAAGUAAGGAAUAUUUUUUAAACACAGCUUAAUACUGGAUAAGAUUACUUGCACAUUGCUCUAAUACAGUACUUGAUAUGGUUACAUUUGAUAGAAUAUGUAAUUAUUUUUUCAUUGUGAUGCCUGUCGGUAAGAAAACUCGUUUAUAGUAUUGUUAAAUAAUAAUAUUUUAGAACUGUAUAAUAUUCACACACAUUUAAUUUUGUUGUGCAUGUAAUAGUUGUUGUAACAGUGGUGUAAAGUAGUUUGUGACUGCAGUAUAUAGUAAUUGGUCACAGUAGAACAUGGUUGUGGUUUGUAGAUAUUGUAAUGGGAUCAUUGGUCCUUAUCUUGUAUUGCUACUUGACUUUACCAACAGUACUUAUCAGGCCAUUUUUGAAUUUGGUUAAAUAGUUUAAUUUUCACAAUUCUGUGGUAACUUUUUUUUUCUUUUUUUCCUUUUUUUUGUAACGAGGAAGUAACUAAAAAUAAAUCUAAUUUUAA